UCCAUUCCUAGAUGCUUGACACAAACAAAAAUGUUUAAAAUUAGCAAAACAAUAUAAAUGUUUUCUUUCACUUGGAACAUUCUGGUUGGAGAUAAUUUACAAGAUACUUUAACUCUAAAUCUUUGGUGAAUGGAAGAACGCAAUGUUAACACACACACAGAUUCAAAGGGAUUGGAAGGUUCUUUACAAAAUCUAAUUCACAUUCAUCAUCACAAAUCUCUCAUUCUCACCAAUCAAACCGAAAAAGCAAAGAAAGAUGCAAUAAGAAAAGCAGAACGCGUCUCGGAUCUGUUAGUGGAAGCAGUGAAUGGUGGUGUUCAAGAUUCGUUUAUUUAUCAGAAGAGAAUUGAGCUUGAAAUUCGUGCUCUUGCUGUUACUAUUGCGAGAUUCGUGAAACAAUCGGAUCAGUGGCUUAAUGCUACUCAUUCUCUUAACACUGCUCUCAAGGAAAUUGGAGACUUUGAGAAUUGGAUGAAGAUCAUGGAAUACGAUUUUAAAAGUAUCAAUGCAGCUAUACAAAACAUUCACCAAGAGUGAUCUUGCAGGUUGCAACAUGUUUUCAUGCAAGUCAUCAUGUUAUUCUAAUCCCUUUCCAUUCAUUUUUCUAUUCUAGGCAUAAUUCCCAACAUGUAAAAUUUUAUUAGAUAAAGACUUGUUUCUCAACAAAAUAAGUGGCUUAGAAAAGAAGUAGCCUUGUAUCUUUAUUCUGAAUGUAAAUUAUAUUUUGUAAAUGAUGAAUAUGAUUGGCAUCUGAUAAUGUAGCACUGGUUGUUGAUUUGGUUUAAGUAUAUUUGACAAGUCAUGGUUCAUAUCUCA